AUGGCUUUCAGGGCUCUGCUGAGCCAGGUGAAGCCCACCGUGGGUUCUGCAUUCACCGCUCUGCAACACUCAUCCCUCCUUAGUAGAUCACCACGGGCCUCAAACAGUUCCAUCGGCUCGAGGAUGAGGAGUAUGGGAAGGAACUCAGUCUCAGAACGUACAAGAUCAGUAGAGGAGGAAAGCCACCGGCAUAGCCUACAAGAUUCGCCCGAGAUGAUUGAGUGGGAAGAGGCCGAAAGACGUAGACUUGUCGCCGAGAUGGAUCAGCGCUACAUAAAGGAGCGACAGUUGAAAGAGAAGUCAAUGGAGCCGAUAAAAGAACUUCUCAGGGAAGUGACAAGCCGACUUUCUGUACUUUCGGCGAGGUUGAGUAGAAACCGGACUAACAGACCCGCUUCGGCUGGAGAUGCUACGUGA